AUGGCGCACACAGCAUCAGGGCAGGAACCGACCUCACUGCGGCCGGGUUUCCAUCCCAUCUAUAACCUGACGGGUGCUGACCCAGUACUAGUAGAUGAACGCCCUCUCCUCGGCGCUCUGCUGUUCGAGAACAGCGCAUCCGACGCCCGCGACCACUGCGCCAACGAACGCACAUUCCUCUCCUGGCUCCGGCUGUCCAUGUACCUCUCCAUCGUCUCGAUAGCGAUCAUCAUCUCGUUUCAUUUCCGCAGCAAACCGACCGGGCUUGAACGCCGCAUGGCCCUUCCGCUAGGUAUCAUCUUCUGGGUUGUGAGUUUAAUGUGUCUCGCGAAUGGGUUUGCGAACUACGUCCGAACCGUGAAUAAAUAUAGUCGGAAGGCGGCGUUGGUGCAGAGUGGGUGGAAGACACACUUGACCGUUACGGUUGUUGGAGUGAUCAUCUUCGGGAGCUGCAUCUUGUUCAUUGCGACUGGGGCGGAGACUCGGCGGUGA